CAUAUAUUGUUAAACCUAAUGCAACACACUGAAAGACGGUGACCUAUGAUGGUGACUGACUUGAGAAAAUUGAUCGACUCGAACAAGCCCAACGACAUUCACGAAAUGAAGUCAUGGGCGUUGAUUGGGCAGGCCGAAUGUUUCCUCUAUGCCACUGGCUAGCUAGUUAGCUUACUAGAGGAGGCAGCCUUCGUGUAUUUGCGUUACACUUCAAUGGAUGACCGGCACGAUGGACGGGUGUCUGAGGGAUGUUUGAAGCAUGUAGACGAGAGUCGCCCCGGUCCCCCGAACGCAUGGGUAGAAGAUGAUCAACACCAGUGCGAGGAAGCGCAGACGGAGAAAACGGGUAAUGGAAAAAUAAAUGGAACCCUAGUGGAGCGAGAGGACACCCCUUCUGCCCCUAUUCCUGUGGCUGCCCUUCAUUAUUCGAGCAGCAGGCAACAUGAAACUUCCAACUUGAAACCAAAACCUCCUGGGAAGCUCCUCGCCAUUCACUCAAAAGGCAGUCGUAAUAGCCAUUUUAAGAACAGUAUGAACUGCAAAAAUGACACUCCUUCAGAGUUGAAAACACGUGAUAGCAAGAGCAAGUCCAUUGCUUUACCAAAUGGCGUUGUGCUCCUCAACCCUGGUCUGUAUGCUAAUGGCUACCCCAGCAAGCCUGGACCAGACAGUGGUGGCAGUGGUUCUGAGAGUGGAUACAUCACUCCCAAGAAACGCUGGGCUCAGAGGAGUGCAAUGGCUGAGGAGAGUGUGACUGCUGGGCAGGAGAAGGCUGUUAUACAGGCAGUUAUGGUCCCUAACAAACAUGAGAUGGAGCCUCACACUCCAGAGGCUGCCAAAACAGCUGCAGGCUCUCUGUCUCCCACCUUCAUCAAAGGUGUCCCACCUGUGGCACAGGCCCCUGUGGAUCAGGUUGGUGAACUACAGUGUAGGACCUCUGAGGAAAAGGCUGCAGCAUGCUCUGUUAAAAAGCUUGAAGACAGGCUGGGCAAAGCCAAGUUUACCUCCAAAAAAGAGGACUCAUGGACCCUCUUUAAACCACCCCCUGUCUUUCCUGUGGACAAUAGUAGUGCUAAGACAGUGCCCAAAAUUAGUUAUGCAAGUAAAGUGAAAGAGAAUCUAAACAAAGCAGCAGUCCAAGCUGCAGGUGAUUCCUUACCUCCCCAGUCCCAGGUGCCCACCAGACUCUCCCAAGUCCCCAUGUCUGCUGUCAAAACCAUCACCUCCCCUAGCUUCACCAAUGGACCCCUAUCUGGAGAGGGGAGUAGCUGCCCUCUCCCUGCGCCCCUUUUUACCUCUACUGUUUGCACUGCCCCAAUGCCUGUCUCCCCUGCCAGCAAGUGGGAGAUCGAAGCAACCUUGUCCAGCAACGGCACUGAUAUGUCAGGCACCCCCUCCAUGAUUAUUAGAGAACUGAGAAAGGCCAGUCUCCUUGUUUAUCCCCUGGGCACUUCAAAUAUGCAACCCGCCCUCUCCAGCGCUUGCCAAGUGGACUCACCUGCCGCUAAGACAAAUCCCAAAUCUCUGGUGGACAUUUUCCAGAACCAGUGGGGGCUGUCAUUCAUCAACGAGCCCAGUGGAGGGCCUGGGGUGGGGCCGGCAUUCGUGGGGCAGCCAGCCCGGAAAGGCCAGAUCGUGGAGAUCACCUUUCAGGGAGGUGGGGCUGCAGCUUUGCCUCUACAAGUCUCUGCUACCUCCACUCUGAGACCUGACAAACCCCUCUUCCCAAAGGUGUACGAGCAAGACAGACUCACUAUCUCCCAAGCCCCUAGCAGUGUUGGUAAAUCAGGCUCUCCCUUGGCUCCUGGCCCUGAUGCUGGGCUGGGAGACCCAGACCCUCUGAGGGGUGAGGCUGGGAGUAGAGGUGCCAUAAUGUCCUCCUCUUUUAAGCACCCUGGUACUGAGCUGCCUCUUGCCUCCCCUGCUCAACCUGUGUCUGUCCUGGCCAAGGAGCCCUGCCACCCCAAGGGUUGCGACCCAGGAUCUUGCUGGGGGGCGUUUGAUCUAAAAGCUGCUGUUAUUUAUCACACUAAAGAAAUUGAAUAUAUUCAGAAUUUACAAAAACAAGAUUCAAAUGGAGUUGUGUUCUAUGAUCAGUCCAAGGAUGGGCCUGUUCAGUUAAGUCAUGACUGAGCGCUACACCCUCUCCUGGCUGCUGCCUCAUGAAACGGUGCCCUGGAGGAACUGCUCCCUCUCCUAUCUUAGAUUCAUGUUGCAGGACUCCUUUGAUGUGAGCAGCUUGUGCUGUAGAGGGAACACAGUAGAGCAGCACCACAGACAGACCACACUGAGCCUCUUACAGGGGUGCUGUCAUUCGGGAGAUUACAGGAUGGUUGAACAAUGGGGGAACAAGCUUUUUGACGGGAAACGUGUCCACAAGAGUGACUGCUACAUUUCUCCCUCAAUUUCCAUUUUCAGAGACAGGCUUGUAGAGGACAUCAUGUGGGAUAAUCAGUCACCACCUCUGCAUUCCCGCCCCAUCUUUGGAAUCACAGGAUACUGGAGAGAGAUGGCCCCUCCUCUCUUAGCCUGUCAUGGAAGACAGGAAUUCCAAAUGUUCACAUUUGAACUGUAAGGUAUCACAGAUGCCUAAUUUUGUAUUCGGACUGAAAACAAAUGGGAAAGACUUGGAACGUUUUAGAAUGGUUGCCUUCUAGAUGUGAAAACAGUGUGGAAAGAUGGGGUUUUCUGCUCGAAUUCUAGUUUAGAUGAAACCAAAUAUCAUGGGGAGGCUUUUGUAAGCCCACUGUAAAACAAAUGUUUUAAUUUUGGAUUAUGGAGGGGUUGGUUCCCAUGUUAACUGAAGUACACUAAUUAGAAAUCCCAGGUCAUUGGCUGGACAGAUGGAUGGAAUUUAUUUGUGUUCAAGGUUCAAAUCAUGAGAACAUGCAUCCCUCUCCCACCGAGGCCUAGUCUGUUUGGUGUGUUUGUUGUGCCUCAAGGUAUGGUCUCAAGUCUUUGGGCUCUGUUAAUACUGGACUCAUUUUUUUGGGGGUGUCCUCAGGAUGUGGUGGUUACCAACACUGCGCAGAGGCUAUACUUUUUUCCUUAUCUUUUCAUUUUCUGUUAAUCAACCAGUUUAUAAUUACAGUUUAUGCUUUACAUGCUACCUCUACUUACCAUCUCAAUGCUCAAAUGAAUGCCCCAUAUUUGCAUACCUUUUCUUUUAAGAUUUUGUUUUUAAAAGUUCUGGGCAGUCUUUUUUUCUCAUUGGUUUUUGCACAGAAUAGGCGCUUUGCCAGUGUUCACUUUUUUUUACUGUAGUAAUGCUUUAGAAUGAGAGAUUCGUGCAGGGCAGUAUUUUAACCAGAAAUAUGCAAAUGUUCAUGUUACAAGUCUCCUAUUGACAUCAAUGCAGGAUUUAACUGAAACUUAUGACUGUUUCAAGUCUGUUUCACCUCCAGAGGAGAAUUGUUAAAUUCAUAUGGAAAGGAAUUCAUGGACUCUUUGACCAGGUUAGGCUGCUCCUUUCUGAGACUGUUAGAUGUUUCUCUCUCCCGAGUCACCAUAAGUGUAUUUAAUUAGCUUACAUUGACUGAUCAGCACUUUAAAUCUAUAGAAUUAAAGCAUAAAAUGUACUAAAUUUAAAUGUCUAUUUAUCCCAGCGAACUCUUUGGCUCCUAACAAUCACUGCAAUUUUCAAAUAGGACAGCCUGUUUAUGACCUAAUAUAGUUGUUGCCAAAAGUUGUUUGGCAAUGUUGAUCAUUAACGUGGCCAAACUAAGCCAGGGGACAUCUUUUGAACAUUCUGUUUGUCAGGGUUAAUGUGAAAAUGAAUCUUUUAUUUUGAUAAUGGCUAAUUUAUGGCACCUUAAUUCCUUCUUUUGUCCCUCUUAAUUGCAAUUAAAAUAUUGGAAAACAAUCAAAUAUCUCUGACCGUUGCAUUGGGUACUAAAAUAAUACUACAGUGUAUUUAGAAGACAUCAGCGACUGGCGUAUUAGAACAUACUGAAAAACCCAGUUCAAGGACCGCUGUCUUCUGUUAUGACAGACAAAUAGCCUGUGUGUGUGUGCGCGUGCAUGAUGUGUAUCUUCACAAACAUGGUCAAGGGUCAACACAAAAUACAGGGUGCUUUUUAUAACAAGAACAUUGGAAUUGCAUCUGCUUCGUCAAGUAGGUCUCCACCUGCAAGUUGUGCCAUGUCUCGACUGUUCAUGCUGUCUUGUAUUAAGUUAUGUUAGUUUGUUCCUCACUUUUCUUUUCCUGCUGUUGUUAAAAUUCUUACCAUAACGAUCUAUUAAAAAUUACAGCUCAUUUGCUGAAAGUA